AUGCUGCUGGAGGAUCAGGAUUUUAAUUUUUUUCUGCAACUUUUCCACAACAUCAUGCCACACGUGGACAUCCUCUAUGCCAAACUCCAGAAGAAGGACAUAGAUUCAGUCCACAUUAAGGGGAGCAUCCAGCAGUUCCAGCAGGACAUACAGAAGAUCAGAAAUUCUCUCCAUUCUCUGGUUAACCAAAGCAGUGAAGGAGCUUCUCAACCAAAGAGGCGGCGGUUGCUUAGUCCAGAGGUCCAUGAACGGAUUGCAACAGAGGUCUGUGACACCAUACUCCAACACACCAUGGAACGGUUCUGCUUCACAAGCCACCUCGUUAGUGCCACCCUGCUGCAAGCAGACAGGUUUGAACAGUACACAGUGGCGUUUCCUGAAGAUGCACUGAGUAGGACUUUGAAGGCCUAUCCAGUGCUCAAUGGGAGUAAGCUAAAGACAGAGCUUAGUCUCAUCUACUGCAAGGAAGAGUUCAGAACCUGUUGUGGUGCUGUGGACCUACUGCAGCUGUUUAAGGAGAACAAUCUUGAAGAAGUCUUUUCAGAGACUGUCACUCUCCUAAAGAUCCUCAUCACCACACCCAUGACCACAGCAGAGGCUGAGAGGUGUUUCUCAACUUUGAAAAGAGUUAAGACUUUUCUGAGAAAUAGCAUGACCCAGGAGAGACUAAAUGCAUUGGCCAUGCUGUCAAUGGAGAAGAGAAUGGUGACUGAGAUCAUUGACUUUAACCAGAAGGUCAUUGAGAAAUUUGCAAGUCAGAAAGAAAGGAGAGCAAAAUUUAUUUUCAAAUAGUGUUAAUGGCCAAUGAUUAGGUAACUAUAGUGUGUUGUGUUUUUUUUGAAUGAUUACCUUGAUUACUUCAUUACUGAUAAUAAACCCACAUUCAAUUCAAAUUCACUGAUUCAUAGUACAUUUAUUUGCAUGUAUUAACAUUGACUGUAAUAAUGAUACAUCACCUGAUUAAUGGCUAUUUAUAGUCCUGCAUUACUGACAGUUGUUGUUUGCGCCCC